AUGUCUCUCCCGAAAACGCCCUCCACCCCGCUAAACUCUGCAUCAACGUCUGAGAGCAAAAAGUUAGUGUCUGUAGCCAAGGAAGGGACGAGAGGACUUCCUGAGCUAAAGGAGAAAAAAAACAUGGUGGAUCAUUCAAAAUCCCUUCCUACUUCCCUUCUGAAUGAGUUCAUUCCUAAAGAAGUUCUUCUUUCUCUGACCUAUGCGGCCAAUGCUGGUCCUUGUCCUGAAAACUUACUGCCUCCUAAGAAAAUUAAAACCCUGAAGGGCACUCUUCCACGCCUUGUAGACCAUGUCUGGCAUCACCCUGUUCGAAGGAAUAAAUUCAAAUACCUGAUUGACCAUCCCGUCUCCCUCACGGGAGCUGGAAGGGAUAUUUCUUUUCUGUAUGAUGUUAAAUAUACCAAAGGACAGACUAGGGAGAAGGCAGUUUGUCCCCCACAUUUGGCCCGUUCAUUACAGUCACAUGAUGGUGUCAUUGUGCCGCAUAAGCCAAAGACACUAACAGAUACUUUGAUUCCUGAAGAAUUUCAUAUUGUGUCAAGUACGGGAGUUUCAGGUUUGGAGUGUUAUGAUGACAAAUACACUACUCUCCUCACAGAUAGUGAAAACAGGCUAUUGCUCUUCCCGUCCAUGAAACCUAAUAAAAGAGUAGAAGUGGCCCAGCUGAAUGAUGUCAUGGAUACUAUGCUAGAGAGGGCUGGUGUGGAAAAUCAGGAAUAUACAGGACCAACUAAGAUGCACAAACUACUACAUAUGUUGAAGAAAGAACAGACCAUUUACAACACGAUAUUUCAUGAACUUAUCCGACAAGUCAGUGUGGACUGUGCAGACAGAGGAGAACUUCUGUCUAAAGUCAGAGAGAGGUAUGUGCAAAUGCUUGACCAGACUGCCCGGCAGAUGAUUGAUUUCUACAAAGACUUGGUAACUCAGCGAGUGAUGGACCAGCGCAUUUUAGAAGAAUUGUAUAAUUUCAAGCAUGUUAUUGAAGAAUUGACCAGGGAACUGUGUCUAGUUCGGGCACAUGAUGUAAAAUUAACAAAGGAAACAGAAAAGGCUCACAAGGAUUUGGCACAAGCUCUUUUAGAUGCGGAAAAGAAUGCCAAAAUGGUAGAAGAAUAUCAUGACUUAUAUACAUUACAAAGAGAAAGGAUGGAGAAUGAUAUGAAACAGUUAAUGGCAGAAAGAGAUAUCUGGAGCUCAGCCACAUAUGAAUUGGCCCUAAAGGUAAUUGAAAGAAAUAGAGUCAUAUUGGCUAGAAGACUUUACCUUAAUGAAAAAGGCUGGAAUAAAUACACUAAGCAUUUCAUCAUACUGCUGUCAAACAAGGACACUGAAGACCUUGCAUUGUUGCAGAAGUUGACACAGAAAUGGAGUAACUUAGUGAAUAAAUUUAAACAAGAGGUAGAAGAAAUGGAGGAGUCUACAAGGGAGACAUUGAAAAUUGUUGAGAAAGGACUUACCAAAUGGCAGGAGAGCUUCAAUGAAAAAGACAUUUUAUCCCCUAAUAAGGGAAAUGUAUUUGAUUCAGUUAUUUUAGACUUCAAACAGUGGCAGAAGAUCCUGAAUGAGAAAAAAGAAGAGUUUACUGGGGAUGUUCUACUGUCAAAAUAUGAUACUCUCAAGAUUAUUAAACAUUUACAGGAAAACUGGACAGAUAUUGGGCUUGGGAUAUUUAAUCGCCAUAAAAGUUUGGAGGGGGAGAUGCCAUCAGAGCAACAGUACAUGGAGGAAAUUAUCAAAAACAUACAAAAACUCUACAAAGAAUAUGAAAUAAGAAUAAAUGGGGACAAUGGUUACUCCAAAAUUCUUCCAAUUUUGAUUAGUUCUCUUGACUUCUGUUCUUUCAAGUUGGAAAACCUGGAGUUUCCUGAUACACCUCUUGAAGAAUGGCAGGAAAUAGAUGAAAAAAUUAAUGAAAUGAAAUCACAGUUGGAUUUAUUGUUAAACCUUACUGGUAUUGUUCCACAGCACAUAGACGUGGAUUCUGUUUCGGUACUCCAAGCAUACAUAAUUAACAUGAUUCAACAAUGGCUUUUGAAGAUAGGCAAUGAAAUUAACAAUGGUAACAUUGAACUUCAGCGCCACAUGGAUGAGUUACAUAUAUCUAUGAUCCAGUGGAUGGUAAACUUGCUGAUUUUAAUGAUACCCAACUUUACUGACCAAGACUGUCUCCUAAAGUUGGAGGACGAAAGUGGUGAGAAACACGAUAUAGGAGUUGCGCGAUUAGAGCUAGAUGCGAUUGAACUGACAAGGAAGUUGUACCAAUACUCCCGCUAUUUGAGCAGUUGUUGCGAAGGGAUGGUAACAGCAAUGGCUCUGAGUAAAUCCACUAACUCACACAGAAAUGCUACUGAAGACCUUUAUGAGGUGGAUAAGUUGAAGAAAGAAUGUUAUGAAUGGAUCAACACAUGCUCUUGCCUCCUUUCUAAUAUCAAAGGCAGAAAAAUUACAUUAUUGACAUAUGAAGAAAUAGAGCAGCUACUUGAAGAGGAGACUGUAAAAGAAUUUAUUGAGCCUGAAAUAGAUGAGUCUCUUCAAGAGGUUGAAGAAGAAAGUAAGGAGGAUAGGAAACUUCAGGAGGAAAAUAAAGAGAGAGCAGAAGAACAACCUUCAACAUCUACAGAGGAGGAAAAACUAAUUCGAUUCAUUGGAGAAGAUGAAAAUGUUCAUUCCAAAUCUCUAUUUGAAACAGAUGUGUUGUCUUCCUGGGUAUGUAUCUGA